AUGUGGUACUGGAUUUUAGCCUGGCUGCUCACCAUCGUCACCGUUUUUGGAAAUGGAUUUGUGAUUUGUUUGAUUAUCAGAAUUCAACGCCUUCGUACGACAGCAAACUGGUCCGUUCUUUCCCUGGCAGUUGCAGACCUCCUCGUUGGACUUACGUUUUACCCUCUUCUCUUCGCCUUAAACAUUGACAGCUUAAAUGAGCCACCAGAGCAAGCUAAGACAUUUUUCCUGGUUUCUCGAACGUUUCUUUAUUUAUCAGCCACAAAUCUGUUUGUCAUGAUAAUGGAUCGCUACAUCGCCAUAGUUCACCCCCUAAAAUAUCUCUCGUUUGUAACAACGAAACUACUAGUUGCUGCGUUGGCCACAGCAUGGAUUUUACCAGUUCUGCUCUUCACUCUUCCCUAUCGUUUAGUGUGGGGAGGAAAAUUCCUGUUGCUUUUAAGAGUAUCGAUUUUACAGGUUCUUCCAGUGGUCUUUUUUAUCUAUGUCACUGUUCAUAUAUUCUUUAUAAUGCGAAGGAUUUCAAAAAGGCAAUCAAGGAUUUUUGCUCAGCUUGCGUUCAACCAUGCCCCGAAAUCCGACGACCAGACGAUGAACUACUGCUCUAACACCGAAAGCAGGGCUGCGUCUAAGAUGACGGUAGCAAUCAUGUUCUUCUUUAUUAUUUGCUAUGUAUUAGAGAAUUGCAAGUGUUUCUGUACUGUGUUCACUAUGUGCCACAUAUCCACAGCAUUCGAGCAAGCAAUUGAUUUUCUGUUUGUGAUUAAUUCAGCAGUUAACCCCGUUGCCUACGCUUUUUUGAAGAGAGACGUAAAAUCGGUUUUGCGAGGAAUGCUUGUGCCACUAAAGCAAGAAAUCCACAGCAUUGCUGGGACACAAACGUCUAGUUCAGAGCAGCGAAGAGAGGAUUCUAGAAUUUAA